AUGGCUUCAUCAACGGCUGCCGUAACAGCGACACCAGCAAGCGCCGAGCUGAAGCCGUCAGCGGCAACUGUUCCUGCUGCUUGUUUAGCUUGUCGCUCCAAACAUCUGAAGUGUGAUGGCGGGAAUCCAUGCUCCCGAUGCCACACGAGCGAAACAUUUUGUCAAUAUGUCGCUUCGCGGCGUGGUUACAAGGGUCCCAGAAGAAACACCGCGCAGAACCCGAACAAGCGCCAUGCUUCUGAUUCAAGCUCACCUACAUCCAAUGGCAGCGGCGAAUCUUGCCCAAUGUUACUGGGUGCAAGUGUCUCGACACCAGCAGCGCCAAGUCUGGCGAUGUUCAAUUCUGCUAUGGGCAUCCCGGAGACGCCUUUCUCGGCGUUGAGCGCCACGCCUGGCCCAUCUGGCAUGCAGCUAUAUAGACAACAACCAUAUAUCGACGCGAACGGAGUUUUGGUUGAGAUUAAUCCACACAAAGCUCCCCAAAGCAUACCUGAUCGAUGCAUUGACUCGUUCUAUUUUCAUUUCUACCCCGGUCAUCCGGCUGUUCUGCCAAAAGAGCAUUUACUGCGAAUGGCGAAAGGGGGAAACCUGGAUCACCUACUAGCAGCAAUGAGAUGGGCAGGUUCACUGUAUUUCGAAGUAGGCCCUGCUCGUGCUACCUAUUUUGAGGAAGCCAUGCGAUUGGCCUACGCGCCAGAGGUUCCAAAAGAUGGCUUCCUCAUCCAGGCCAUGUUGAUCUUGUUGGUUGCCUUGGACGGUAGCUGCCAGCAAGAAAGGGCCAGAGAACUUCUUGGGGAUAUAGAGCGCAUCGCUAUCGAAAUUGGGCUUUUCCAGAGAUCAUAUGCGACGAACAAUGGACAAGGUAACCCGAUGCUCGAAGAGAGCUGGCGACGAACAUGGUGGGACCUGUUCGUUGUGGAUGGCAUGGUUGCCGGCGUCCAUCGGCAAACCAACUUUCUGCUCUUCGACAUAGUGGCUGAUGCGGGAUUGCCCUGUGAAGAGCACCAAUAUCUCUCAGGAUCAAUUCCACGGCCGCUCUUCCUUGAAGACUUUGAUGACCAGAUUUUCAGUGGAGAGGAGUACCAGUUCUCAUCGUUCGCAUACCGCGUUGCAUCCAUGAGGAAUCUUGGGCGCAUGAUGCGGCUCCCAGAGAGUGUGUUUCCGGGAGACGACAAUGUCAACCGAAUGGAAUCACAUCUCUCUAAUUGGCGUAUGCAUUUGCCAGCCUCUAAGAAGGACUGUCUGGACAAAGACAUGAAAUUAGAUGAGAUGAUGUUCCAGGCCUGGAUGAUCAACCAUGCGCAAGUCCCUCUACUAUCCAACGAAUGUAUCGCUGCUGACAAUUGUUCAAUCAUGCUACAUCAGCCACUUUCCCAGCUGGACUCUUCCCCGGCCCGAGAUGUGACUUCCUGUGCACCGUAUCAGAUGGUCCGCAGUGGCGAUGGUUUCAACGCGCACACGCGCCACAUUGUCACGGCCGCCUCGGAGAUCAGUAAAAUGGUAACCUAUUCCGUGCCGAUCACAUGCCAUACGCACUUUUUUACUUGCGUACUGACCAUGUCCUCGAUUGUGCAUCUAAGCAAAUGGGCGCUCUGGUUCGUCAAUAACGACGACGAUCUUCGGCAACUGAUUCGUCUUAACAUCGGUGCCCUCAACAAAUUGAGCACAGUAUGGUCCGCGGCAGCAAGGGCAUCGGGCCAAGUCAGAGGUGUAGCCCAGGAGAUCUACCGCUCAAAGAAGGCCGCACAACAGACCAACGCCCAAUUCUACGUUGGCUUCACGCAGGAUGAGAUCAUCAGCAGCAUGGCUGCGGACGAAACUAUCAUGAGCGAGAUCAACACAAUGCUUCAGCCGACUACUACCAUCGCGUAA